AUGGCAUCAUUAACUCAUAGCAAGAGUAAGAAAAUUGCAUUGUCUAAUGAUGAGACUCCAAAUAAUGAUUCUUUGGCUGCUUUUGCACCUAUUAAACAAUCUCAAUCUGCUACACCUCGCUUUAAACUAUCAAAUUGCAAUACACAAAGCAAUUUUACCAUGAAUGACGAAAAGCAGGAAUGUAUAAAGAGAAAGAAUAGUGUUGGUCCAAAUAUUAGUAAUCUUGAAGAAAUGUUAUAUAAAACAAUACAAUACGCUAAGAACGCAUAUGAGGAAGCAAUUUCUGACAAUGGAGCUGCAGCUCACACUGAAAAUACCAACAAAUUUAUAAAGGAAUAUAAAUCGUCUGGAAAAGGAAAUGAUAUUGACUGCAAUGACGAAAUUACUACAUUAAUUAAAUUAUGUAAUGAACUUUUCCAAGCUGACAAAAACCCUACAGAUAAUACUAUGAAAGAUACUAUUUAUACAGCUCUAAGUGAUGAGCAUCCAGAUGAGAUUAAAAAAAUUGAAAGUAUUAAGGAUGAAUGGCUUAAAUAUUAG